AACAUGAAGUGCUUUGUUGUCAUUCUGGCCCUCAUUGCCGUGGCUGCUGCCCAGGACGAAAGCAUGUACACGACCAAGUUCGACAACAUCAACCUGGACGAGAUCCUGAUGUCGGACCGUCUGUUCAAGAACUACUACAACUGCCUGACGGAUGCCGGACCAUGCACUCCCGAGGGCAACGAAUUAAAGCGUGUGCUGCCGGAAGCUCUGGAGACGAACUGUGCCAAGUGCAGUCAGAAGCAACGUGAUUCUGGAACUCGUGCCAUCAAGUACGCGACCGAGAACCGCCCAGAAGAAUUUAAGGUUCUGCGGGCUCGUUUUGAUCCGGAUAACAAGUACGUUGAGCAAUACCUGGCCGAAGCCGAGAAGGAGGGAAUCAAAUUGUAA